AUGGAACUUGCAAAUAUUGAAUUGAUUCGCUUGCGUCUUGAGGAGGUGUCGGUUUUUAUAAAUCAAUACCUCGCGACGAAUUCGGAUACUGCAAGAGUUCAAGCACUCGAAGAAACCACCAAGCUCACUCGACUGUUUGAAAAACCGAGUGAUGUCAUUUUGAAGAUGUUUCUUUCGCCCACACAACUUAUGGCAGUCAAAGUUUCUCAUGAUUUAGGGCUUUUUUCUACCAUCACUCAAUCUGCCACAGCUCUUGACACCGAGCAGCUGUCUUCGGAUACUGGGGCAGAUCAGCUGUUGAUAGAGCGUGUCAUGCGUGUCCUUAUAUCUAUCAAUUUCGUUGAAAAAGACGAAGAUGGGAAAUUUCAUGCCAAUAGCCUCUCCAAAGAAAUGGCAAGGGGAGCAUCAGCCGGUGUUAUCGACUCUUUAUUCCUCGACAUCGCUCCCAUAAUUUAUCAAACGCCGGACUUUCUUCGUCAUACUGGAUACCAGAAUCCGACUGACCCACUCAACGCGCCAAUUCAAUACGCCCAUAAAACCGCGCUACCCAAAGCCCAGUGGCUCGAGAAGAACCCAGACAUCCAAAAACGCUUCCAUAGAUAUGUGGAAGGGGUUCGGGCGAACCGGAUGUACUGGGUUGAGUGGUUUCCCGUUCAGGAAAGGGUCAUCACAGGGGCAUCGAAGAGAGAAGAGGAUGUGCUGAUUGUGGAUAUUGGGGGUGGGACCGGACGUGAUAUAUCCGCGUUCCAGAAGCGAUUUCCUCACACCCCUGGAAAACUUAUACUGGCGGAUCUGCCUUCUGUCAUUCGGAACAUUCGACGCCCUAGCCCGGGGAUUAUCCCAGUGGAGUACAAUCUGCUGGAUGCUCAGCCGAUUCUUGGUUCUCGCAUUUACUAUCUAAAAUUUGUUCUCCACGAGUUUCCGGACGACACGUGUAUUGCAGCUCUGAGUAAUAUAGCCAGUGCCAUGAAGCCCGGCUAUUCCAAGCUAUUGAUUGAAGAAUUCGUUCUUCCUGACGAAGGCGCGAGUGCCUUGUUGUGCAUGCUUGACAUGGCCCUUUUGGUAUUUAACCCCGGAAUGAUACGCACACGAACACAAUGGACUACACUCUUGAGUCGGGUCGGACUUGAGCUUAGUGCUAUCCAUUCCGCCGACUAUAAUGACGAUGGUCUGGUAAUUAUUGAGGCUGAAUUGAACGCAAAUGCUGCAAGAGAAACCCAUUUAUGA